GAGAGAACUCCGACAUAUGCUGACAAUAAUAAAGCGAGGCAAAUUCGCGUGGCGAUAGAAGUCUGGAGAUUUCCAGGCUAGAAAGGAAAGCUCGGUGUCUUUACGACCAAUCAGCGUGCAGCGAAUGUCAGCAUUAGCGUCAUUUGUGCCUCGAAAGUGAAUCUGAUAGCAUCGUAUCAGAUGUUUGCCAAAGCAUAAAGGACUCAAUUCCCAGUCUUCGAAACUUCCUCCGUUUUCAUCCAACAAAUCUCAUUCCCGCAUAACAUCGAUCAUCCGCAACCACUUUCCGGCCAAUUCCUCAAACACUUCCAACUCCAAUCAAUAUGUCUGCACCAACUGCCGCCGUUCCAGCAACUUGCUGCGGUCGUGACGGAGUCUGCGUCUGUGCCAAAGAAGCCAAGUGCUCAUGCGGCAAGCAGCCUGCUCUGCACUGCACCUGUGAGAAGGCUCAGACCGAGAACAAGCUCGACGGUGCCCGAUGCUCUUGCAAUCAACGUCCAGCUGGCGAGUGCACAUGCUCCCGUUCUUCCACAGAAAAUGCCUCAGUCACUGGCGCUGCUUGCGCUUGCGGAAAGAGAGCUAAGGAUUCGUGCAAUUGUGCCGGAAAAGAGGCCAGUGCUGCUUCAGAAUUGGAGACCGACUUCACCACUCGACGUGCAUAGAUGGAGCUUGAUCAGACAUGAGCGAUGUGUUAUGACUGCAUAAGGCCUGAAGACUGAGGCUCAAGGGCCAGGUGUUGAAUCGGGUCGGUGGCGUUAUGGAGUUGAGAUUGGGAAGGGCAUUUUUCCCCGAAUGGCGAUACGAAAUACUCUUCUGGUAUACUCUGAAUGCAAUCAAUCUGACUGAAUAUGACAUCUGCAACGUGAAGUCAACGAUUUCGCCAUCACGGUGCAAAAGGUGUCCCCUGGUCUGAUUGGUCACAGGGCAUGGCGACGCUAGUCUUCGGCUUCUCUGGCGGUGCUUGGUCGUCAUACUUUGCUCCACGAUAUGACCUAACAACAAUGCGUUUUGUCUCAUUUCCCCUCACAC